UUCUUUAUUAGAUUCAACUUCCAGUGUGCAAACAUCCUAAUUCAGAUUAAACAAAAUUGCCCACACACAUUCCAUUUCUAACGAGACUGUUUUCCUCCCUUCCUUCCCCUCCCGCUUCCCUCUUGAAUUUCUUUCUUUCUUGUUUUCCCCCAGUCUUGGGUCUCCUUUCCCCCAGCUUAUCACAGUCUUCCCAAAGAAAAGCCUCCCUGUGACCACGAAUCGCCAUAAAGGAAGGAAACCCUCCAUAAGUGAAAGCCAAGCCCUCAGCGGGGCGUGUCGGGGUGGACGCCCCCACCCACUAUUAGUGUGAGAAGGCUCGACAGCGAAGUUCAAGGGUCCACAGGAGAGGCACGGGGGUUACCAGAUCUGCUCACUUGCAUAAACGGACCGAUCCCUUCUGCGCAAUCGGACCCCAGGAAAGCAGCCUCCCUUUAAGGGCCUAGGAGCCCGGCACUUUGAAAGUGCCCUCCGUGCCCAGACCCGGGGAGAAGUGAGGGGUGCGAAGGCGGAGCCACUGGGCUGGAGACACCCUCCGAAGGUCCGGCCCUCGGCUGCGUUCCUACUACCUUAGGGAGUUGGCGCGGGGAGCGGAAUCACCCUCUCAAUGAAAGGCAGAUGUCCCUUUAAGGUUUGCUUCUCAGCUCGUGGACUUUAGCCUAAACAAGGACCCGCAAAGCUGGCUUUAUUUGUCCAUGUCUCAGACAGAGCCUGGGAGGCUGCCAGAGGGAUUUCAGAGCCCGAGAGUGCGAACGGCGGGGAGAUGUGGCAAUCCCUCUGGGAUGCGAGAAGCGUGAAGCGAACUUAGAGGGGCUGGUCGAAAACACAGGAAAUCGCUGUGCUGCUCCCAGCCGCCGGGGCCAACGGGGCCAGCGACUGAGACCCACUGCGGCGGGCGGAGUGGCCCAGAGCAACGCGGCUCCAGCGCGUGGUUUCGCGAGUCCUUCCCUCCGAUCCAGCGCGUCCCCCGGGCUCUGCGGCCGUUCCAACUAUGGCCCCCCGGCGCCGCGCCAGCCCAGGGGUCGCUGUCGCCUGCUGCUGGCUCCUCACCGUUCUAGGCUUCUGCAUAUCAUUCAAUGUUGAUGUGAAAAACUCAUUGACUUUCAGCGGCCCAGUGGAGGACAUGUUUGGAUAUACUGUUCAACAAUAUGAAAAUGAAGAAGGAAAAUGGGUGCUUAUUGGUUCUCCUUUAGUUGGACAACCCAAGAACAGAACUGGAGAUGUCUAUAAGUGUCCAGUUGGGAGAGGUGAAUCAUUACCUUGCAUAAAGUUGGAUCUUCCAGUUAAUACAUCAAUUCCCAAUGUCACAGAAGUAAAGGAGAAUAUGACAUUUGGAUCAACUUUAGUCACCAACCCAAAUGGAGGGUUUCUGGCAUGCGGGCCCUUAUAUGCCUAUAGAUGUGGACAUUUGCAUUACACAACGGGAAUCUGUUCUGAUGUCAGCCCCACAUUUCAAGUCGUGAACUCCAUUGCCCCUGUACAAGAAUGCAGCACUCAGCUGGACAUAGUCAUAGUGCUGGAUGGUUCCAACAGCAUUUACCCCUGGGAAAGUGUUACAGCUUUUUUAAAUGACCUUCUUGAAAGAAUGGAUAUUGGUCCUAAACAGACACAGGUUGGAAUUGUACAGUAUGGAGAAAAUGUAACCCAUGAGUUCAACCUCAAUAAGUACUCAUCGACGGAAGAGGUGCUUGUUGCUGCAAAUAAAAUAGUCCAGAGAGGUGGCCGCCAGACGAUGACAGCCCUUGGAAUAGACACAGCAAGGAAAGAGGCUUUCACUGAAGCCCGGGGUGCCCGAAGAGGGGUUAAAAAAGUCAUGGUAAUUGUGACUGAUGGAGAGUCCCAUGACAACCACCAACUGGAUAAGGUCAUCCAGGGCUGUGAGGACGAAAGCAUUCAGCGGUUUUCCAUAGCUAUUCUUGGCAGCUAUAAUCGCGGAAAUUUAAGCACUGAAAAAUUUGUGGAAGAAAUAAAAUCAAUUGCGAGUGAACCCACUGAAAAGCAUUUCUUCAACGUCUCUGAUGAAUUGGCACUAGUCACUAUUGUUGAAGCUCUGGGAGAAAGAAUCUUUGCCCUGGAAGCUACAGCUGACCAGUCGGCAGCUUCUUUUGAGAUGGAAAUGUCUCAGACCGGCUUCAGUGCUCAUUAUUCACAGGACUGGGUCAUGCUUGGAGCGGUAGGAGCCUAUGACUGGAAUGGAACAGUCGUCAUGCAGAAGGCUAAUCAAAUCCUAAUUCCCCAAAACACGACCUUUAAUGUUGAGUCUACCAAAAAGAAUGAACCUCUUGCUUCUUAUUUAGGUUACACAGUAAACUCCGCCACUGUUUCUGGAGAUGUGCUCUACAUUGCCGGACAGCCACGGUACAAUCAUACAGGCCAGGUGGUCAUCUACAGGAUGGAGGAUGGAGACAUCAGGAUUCUCCAGACACUCCAUGGAGAACAGAUCGGUUCCUACUUUGGAAGUGUUUUAACGACAAUUGACGUUGAUAAAGAUUCUAAUACUGACAUUCUUCUAGUCGGGGCUCCCAUGUUCAUGGGAACAGAGAAGGAGGAACAAGGAAAAGUGUACAUCUAUGCUCUGAAUCAGACAAGGUUUGAAUAUCAAAUGAGCCUGGAACCCAUGAAGCAGACUUGCUGUUCGUCUCUGAAGCACAAUUCAUGCACAAAGGAAAACAAAAAUGAACCAUGUGGGGCUCGUUUUGGAACAGCCAUUUCUGCUGUGAAAGACCUCAAUCUUGAUGGAUUUAAUGACAUCGUGAUAGGAGCACCCCUGGAAGAUGAUCAUGGGGGAGCCGUGUACAUUUAUCAUGGAAGUGGCAAGACUAUAAGGGAAGAGUAUGCACAACGUAUUCCAUCAGGGGGAGAUGGCGAGACACUGAAAUUUUUUGGCCAGUCUAUCCACGGAGAAAUGGAUUUAAAUGGUGACGGUCUGACUGAUGUCACUAUUGGGGGCCUUGGUGGUGCUGCCCUCUUCUGGUCCCGAGAUGUGGCUGUAGUUAAAGUGACCAUGAAUUUUGAACCCAAUAAAGUGAAUAUUCAAAAGAAAAACUGCCACGUGGAGGGAAAGGAAACAGUAUGCAUAAAUGCCACAGUGUGUUUUGAUGUGAAAUUGAAGUCCAAAGAAGACAGGGUUUACGAAGCUGAUAUGCAGUACCGUAUCACACUAGAUUCUCUAAGACAGAUAUCACGGAGUUUUUUCUCUGGAACUCAAGAGAGGAAGAUUCAAAGAAACAUCACAGUUCAAGAAUCAGAAUGCACUAAGCAUUCCUUCUACAUGUUGGACAAGCAUGACUUUCGGGACUCUGUGAGAAUAACUUUGGAUUUUAAUCUUACCGAUCCAGAAAAUGGGCCCGUUCUUGAUGAUUCUUUACCAAAUUCAGUACAUGAAUAUAUUCCCUUUGCCAAAGAUUGUGGAAACAAGGAAAAAUGUAUCUCAGACCUCGCACUGGAUGUCUCCACCACAGAAAAGGGCCUGUUUAUUGUCAGGUCCCACAAUGAUAAGUUCAAUGUUAGCCUCACAGUCAAAAAUAAAGAGGACAGUGCCUAUAACACCAGAACCAUAGUGAAUUAUUCUCCAAAUCUAAUUUUUUCAGGAAUUGAGGCUAUCCAAAAAGACAGUUGUGAAUCCAGUCAUAAUAUCACAUGUAAAGUUGGAUAUCCUUUCCUAAGAAGAGGAGAAAUGGUAACAUUCAAAAUAUUAUUUCAGUUUAACUCAUCUUAUCUCAUGGAAAAUGUGAUCAUUCAUUUAAGUACAACAAGUGACAGUGAAGAGCCACCUGAAGCCCUUUUUGAUAAUGAAGUAAACGUUUCUAUCCCUGUAAAAUAUGAAGUUGGACUACAGUUUUACAGCUCUGCAAGUGAAUACCAUAUUUCAAUUGCGGCCAACGAGACAGUCCCUGAAGUUAUUAGUUCUACUGAGGACAUUGGAAAUGAAAUUAAUAUCUUCUACUUGAUUAGAAAAAGUGGGCAUUUUCCAAUGCCAGAACUUAAGCUGUCAAUUUCAUUCCCCAACAUGACAUCAGAUGGUUUUCCUGUACUGUACUCAAGUGGGUGGUCAUCUUCUGAGAAUGUCACCUGCAGACCCAGUAGCCUCCAGGAUCCAUUUGGUAUCAACUCUGGGAAGAAAAUGAUAAUAUCCAAAUCUGAAGAUAUCAAACGAGGCACCAUUCUGGACUGCAGUGCAUGUAAAUUUGCCACCAUCACAUGUAAUCUGAUUCCUUCUGACAUGAGCCAAGUGAAUGUUUCACUUAUCUUAUGGAAACCAACUUUUAUAAAAGCACAUUUUUCCAGCUUAAAUCUUACUGUAGGGGCAGAACUUCAGAGUGAAAAUACAUCCCUAGUUUUAAGUGCUGGCAAUCAAAAAAGAGAGCUUGCUAUUCAAAUAUCCAAAGAUGGGCUACCAGGCAGAGUGCCGUUAUGGGUUAUCCUGUUGAGUGCUUUUGCUGGAUUAUUGCUAUUAAUGCUGCUCAUAUUAGCACUGUGGAAGAUUGGAUUCUUCAAAAGACCACUAAAGAAGAAAAUGGAGAAAUGAAAUAUUUUAGAAGAGAAGAAAUAAUUAUUCAAUGAUCUAUCCUCAGGUUUGCCUCAAAUAUGUGACAAGAAAUUUAUAAAUACAAUUAAAGACAUAGUCACAUAACUCUAUGUAAUCCAUCAGGGAUUAAUCACUUAGAAAAUGACAGAUCAAGCAAGAUCCAAAAAUAAUACAUUAAAGAUUUAUUUUAUAAAAUGUUGAAAAAUAUUUUUAAAUAAUUACUCAUUUUUGCUGAGUAUUUAAGCAAAAUUACAAAGUGUUUUAAAGAUGAAAAAUAACCUGUACAAAUAUGUUUAUAUAUUAAAUCACCAUUCCAAGUAUUUAAGGAAUACAUAAAAAUAUUUUUAUGAUCAUUGAAACAUUUACUUUCAAAAUAAUAUAAAUUAAGCUUUUUCCAUUGAUUCCUGAUGGAUAUUCACAUUCAGCAUGAUGGUCAAUAUUUGUAAAUGCCAAGAAAGGAAUUUUACCUGAAAAAGAUCACUUCCUCCCAUUUAAAUGAGAAAAAUUUCCCAGGUGGAGUCCAUAUACAAUAUGGACUGAAAAUAGAAUUAAAUCACAGAGAAUAUAUUAAGCAUCUUUGUGUUGGGUUCUAUACUGGGAAAGCUUUCUUUCCAAAAUGUUUGAAAAAUAGUACAAUUGAGCUGAAAUUCUAUCUAGGUUAGAAAAUCAAGAUAGAGUUGUUUAAAAGCAAGUGCACUGAAUGGAUUAAUUUAAGCUUUUACAGAACACACCUAGUUUUGGUAUUGAACUCUAAAACUCAAAACUCUUUUAUACUGAAAAAGCACAGCAGUUUUAUGUGGCAUAACAGUGAUUUGUCAUGAAAAGUCACGUUGUGUGUGGGAUAUGCUAAAAUGGUUUCUGAAUGGACUGACAAUGCAGAUGGAUGCCACAGAAAUGCUGGUCAUCUUUUGAACGUGAGGGGGUCCCAGGAUGUAACACAAAGUAGGAAUUGUCUUAACUCCUUGGUACAUGGUUCUUUCAAACCCUCCAGCUGUGAGAGUAUGUUUAUUUUUAAUAUUUUAAAAGAUAUUUAAUUUUCCAAACGCGGUUCUUCUUUUUAUGAAAAAGCAGUAUUCCAUUUCAGUAUUGCAUUUUACCAACAAGCCACUGCUCUUUAAGUGUGGCAUAUCAAUGUUUAAAUAGAUCUCCGGAAAUGUUUUUU